CAGCGGAUGUGCCAUUCGUCGGUGACGUUCGUACAGUAAACAAAAGAUCCUUCUUUCACCCUUUUAACUCCCCUCUCUUCGAUAACAAUGGCUGCAUUGUCGCGCACAUUAACUUCGGCUGUUGCCCAUUCCCUUAAGCAGCGUUCUGUCAAUGCCAUGUCGGCCGUCUCUGUAGGCGCGAACAACACCCAAGUCCGUCUUCACAACACGACCGCCGUUCCCGAUUUCUCAAAGUACAAAAAGAACAACACUAGCGGUGAAGCCAGCCGCUCGUUUGCGUACAUGAUGGUCGGUACCACGGGUUUGAUUAGUGCUGCUGGUGCUCAGGCUACUGUCAGUGACUUUUUGGCCAACAUGAGCGCUUCGGCCGAUGUGUUGGCUUUGGCCAAGGCUGAAGUGGACCUGAACGCCAUUCCCGAGGGUAAGAACGUAACGAUCAAGUGGCGUGGUAAGCCCGUCUUUAUCCGUCACCGUACUGCCGACGAAAUUGCCGAGGCCAACGGUGUCGGCAUUCAGGAAUUGCGUGAUCCCCAAACUGAUGCCGAACGUGUCAAGAAGCCUGAAUGGCUUGUCAUGUUGGGUGUCUGCACUCAUUUGGGUUGUGUGCCAAUUGGUGAAGCCGGUGACUAUGGUGGUUGGUACUGCCCAUGCCACGGUUCCCAUUACGAUAUCUCGGGCCGUAUCCGUAAGGGCCCUGCUCCUCUCAACCUCGAAAUCCCUGAAUACUCGUUCACCGAGGACAAGUUGAUUGUCGGUUAGAUGCCUUUGCCACGCAAAUAAUAAAAGCCAUAUAGAUUAUAUAUAUAAAGCAUCCGCUGCUAUCUACCUGGAAAAGCGUGUUUCUGUGUGUAAAAGUAAAUGAAGAUGGAUGUGGGUAUGACAAACGCGUAUUC